ACAUCUACUGCGACGAGUAAACCCUGCCAAAAACCCACACUCCGAAGCCGCAGCCUCCUCGGAGCCCAGAGCAUCAUUCUUCCCGUCUUCUCUUCGAUCAGUAUCUGUUUGCGGCCACGGCAAACCCCGGCGAGGAGAGUUUUGCCUUAACCUACGCCCUCGUUCCUCUUAAUGUGCGCACCUAUUCAGCUCAGCAAACCCUCUGCAUCUGCUCUGUUGCCCUAAAUUUGCUCCGGUGGAGUUUCCAGUAGAAGAAACCUUCUACAUCGACGCGCUUCGUGUUCAUAUUGUUCUUCACUGUUUUCUCUGAUUUUAGAAGUGAAUUAUGGCUUCCCACGUAGGUCUUGUUCCUCCUACUCCUGCACCCUAUAAGGACAAUGAGCCCAAGGCUGCGGAGAAAAUUGAUUACCUGAAUCUUCCUUGCCCCAUACCGUACGAAGAAAUCCAUCGAGAAGCUCUGAUGUCGCUAAAGCCAGAACUUUUUGAGGGAAUGCGUUUUGAUUUCACUAAGGGACUCAACCAGAAAUUCUCACUCAGUCACAGUGUGUUCAUGGGGCCCAUGGAGGUUCCUUCACAAGCCACUGAAACCAUCAAAAUCCCUACUGCACAUUAUGAAUUUGGGGCUAAUUUUUUGGACCCAAAGUUGAUGCUUUUUGGGAGGAUAUUAACAGAUGGGAGGCUUAAUGCAAGAAUGAAAUGUGAUUUGACUGACAAUCUUUCAUUAAAGGCGAAUGCUCAGCUUACAAAUGAGCCCCAUAUGUCACAUGGUAUGGUCAAUUUUGAUUACAAGGGUAAGGACUUCAGGACUCAAUUUCAACUGGGGAAUGGUGCUUUAUUUGGAGCUAGUUACAUCCAGAGUGUCACUCCACAUUUAUCUUUGGGCAGUGAAGUGUUUUGGGCUGGUCAACAUCGGAAGUCUGGUAUUGGUUUAGCUGCUCGAUACAAUAACGAUAAGAUGGUUGCAACUGGCCAAGUUGCCAGUACUGGUAUGGUUGCUCUUAGCUAUGUUCAGAAAGUAUCCGAGAAGGUUUCUCUAGCAUCGGAUUUCAUGUACAACUACAUGUCACGGGAUGUUACAGCAAGUUUUGGUUAUGAUUACAUCCUCCGGCAGUGUCGUCUGAGGGGGAAGAUAGAUUCUAAUGGUUGCACAGCUGCUUUUCUUGAAGAGCGAUUAAAUAUGGGUCUGAAUUUUAUUCUUUCUGCUGAGAUUGAUCAUUGGAAGAAAGACUACAAAUUCGGGUUUGGCUUGACGGUAGGAGAAUAAGUUAGAAGCCAUGGUCAUCCAUUUUUAUGGGGUUUAUUGUUUGUCAGCCUGCUGCUCUUUAACCUGCAUGGCCUUGUUCAUCAGUUUUAUUCUAGCCUCAUUGUUUCUAGUAGCUUUACUAGUUUCUGGAAGGGGCAUUGUUUCUGCCUUCUAUUCAACAUAGAACUAAAGAAAUUUCAGUUUUUGUAUUUUGUACUGAAUCAUCUGAAUUUCAUCACAAAUACGGCAGCUCCGAGAGCCUUGGUUAUAGAUGAUCUGGGCAUUUUGGAUCCAGGAUUUUUGUUCAAGUUCUGAGCAAGAAUUUAGUUCUCAAUAGACAAUAAUGCAGGUCAAGAUUUCAAUUUUGUUUUACUGUUCCAUAAUUGAACUGUAUGACAAAGCUAGUGUAGUCUUUCAAGUGUUA